GAGAGAGAGAAAGAACUCUCAGUGCACCUUUUUGUCCUCCGAUAUGCAGAUUCUCUGAUAAAGCAUCAGUUAUCUGAUCAUCUCAUACAGGUCGUGGAAAACUGCGAGUGUAUGGGAAUCUUUAACAGUUUUUUCUUCACCUAGGUAUCUCGCCUUGAUCUCCUAUAUAACCCGAGAGGAUUGUGAGCUGUAAUAGGCUAUUUACUACUGACGGCUCUUGCAGCUCUCUAUUGGCAUUUUCACGUCUAGGCUACAACAACUACUAUUGCUGACUUAUUCUGCCUGUGGAUCUUGCCGUUGCGUCUUAGAAAAGGUUUAGGAAGCAGAGGAAGUGAACCACUCCAGAAUCAUGGGACACUUUCAGAUCUCCCCCAUUCUCUCCCUUGGCCUUCGGUUCGUGGUUGUCAUAGCGAUCCUGUUCCUCAAAUUCCAACAUGUGACGACUAUGUCCUCGGAUGUGGACUUGGACCAGUUCGUGUCUCCUACUGCCAGCAGCAACAUUACUGUGUGCACUACAGCAGGCACAGCAUGCGAAAAAGGGGUGAUUCUGCCUGUCUGGGAACCUCAGAAUCCCUCGUUCGGGGACAAAGUGGCACGGGCUACAGUCUACUUCGUGGCCCUGGUGUACAUGUUCCUCGGAGUGUCCAUCAUCGCUGACCGUUUCAUGGCGUCCAUCGAGGUCAUCACCUCUCAGGAGAAAGAGAUCACCAUCAAGAGACCCAACGGAGAGACCACCACCACCACUGUGCGGAUCUGGAACGAGACAGUGUCCAACCUCACGCUCAUGGCCCUGGGUUCUAGUGCCCCUGAGAUCCUACUGUCCGUCAUUGAGGUUUGUGGACACGGUUUUGAUGCGGGAGCCUUGGGCCCCAGCACUAUCGUGGGCAGCGCCGCCUUCAACAUGUUUGUCAUCAUCGGCAUCUGUGUGUGGGUGGUGCCCGACGGGGAGGUCCGUAAGGUCAAGCACCUGCGCGUCUUCUUCGUCACAGCCACCUGGAGCAUCUUCGCCUACAUAUGGCUCUACCUGAUCCUGGCUGUCAUCUCCCCUGGCAUAGUGCAGGUAUGGGAGGGCCUGCUCACCCUCUUCUUCUUCCCCAUCUGCGUGUUGUUCGCCUGGGUCGCUGACCGACGCCUGCUCUUCUACAAGUACGUCUACAAGCGCUACCGUACCGGCAAGCAGCGGGGCAUGAUCAUUGAGACCGAGGGCGACCGCCCGCUCCCGUCCAAAGUCGACAUCGAGAUGGAUGGGAAGAUGCUCAACUCUCACGCGGCGGACUUCCUGGACGGGCCUCUGGGGCUGGACCUGAACGUGAAGGACCUGGAUGAGGAGGAGACCCGGCGCGACAUGGCCAAGAUCCUCAAGGAGCUGAAGCAGAAGCACCCAGAUAAGGAGGUGGAGCAGCUGAUUGAACUGGCCAACUACCAGGUAUUGAGUUCACAGCAGAAGAGCAGGGCCUUCUACCGCUGCCAGGCCACCAGGCUCAUGACUGGCGCUGGGAACAUCCUGAAGAAGCAUGCAGCCGACCAGGCCCGCAAGGCCAUCAGCCUGCACGAGGUCCGCUCUGAUGUGGCUGAUAACGACCCCGUCUCCAAGAUCUAUUUUGACCCCGGCUCCUACCAGUGCCUGGAGAACUGUGGCACAGUGGCAGUGAACGUGCUACGCCGAGGUGGCGACCUGACCAAGACUGUGUCGGUGGAAUUCCGUACGGAGGAUGGAUCAGCCAACGCGGGCUCGGACUACGAAUUUACCGAAGGGGUGGUGGUGUUCAAGCCCGGAGAGACCCAGAAAGAGAUCCGCGUGGGUAUUAUCGAUGAUGACAUCUUUGAGGAGGACGAGAACUUCCUGAUCCAUCUGAGCAACGUCAAAGUGCUGCUGGCAGAGGGGGAGGAGGUAGAGAACCCAGAGACCAAUCACGUGGAGGCGGUGGCCUGCCUCGGUCUGCCCGCCACGGCAACCGUGACCAUCUUUGAUGACGACCACGCCGGCAUCUUCACGUUCGAGGAGCCGGUGGCGCACGUGAGUGAGAGCGUGGGUACCAUGGAGGUGAAGGUGCUGCGUACAUCGGGGGCACGUGGGGUCGUCAUGGUGCCCUACAAGACUGUGGAGGGCACAGCACGCGGAGGUGGAGAGGACUUUGAAGAUACUCACGGGGUCUUGGAGUUCCAGAACGAUGAAAUCUUCAAAUGUAUAAAGGUCAGAAUCAUUGACGACGAGGAGUACGAGAAAAACAAGACCUUCUUCGUGGAGAUGGGAGAACCUCGCCUGAUGGAGACCAAUGACAGUAAAGCUACAGAGGUGGCUGAGAAGGAGGUGGAAGAGGUGGUGCCGCUAACAGGAGUGGAUGAUGAGGAGCAACGCAUCGCUGAUAUGGGUCGACCCACGCUCGGGGAUCACGUCAAACUUGAAAUCAUCAUCGAGGAAUCCUAUGAGUUUAAGAACACUGUGGACAAGCUGAUUAAGAAGACUAACCUGGCCCUGCUGGUGGGGACUAACAGCUGGAGAGACCAGUUCAUCGAGGCCAUCACUGUCAGCGCCGGUGAGGAUGACGAGGAUGAAGAGUGCGGCGAGGAGAAGCUGCCGUCCUGUUUCGACUACGUCAUGCACUUCCUCACCGUCUUCUGGAAGGUUCUGUUUGCGUUCGUGCCCCCGACAGACUACUGGAACGGCUGGGCCUGCUUCGUGGUGUCCAUCUGUAUGAUCGGCCUGCUUACAGCCUUCAUCGGGGACCUGGCCUCCCACUUCGGCUGCACCGUGGGCCUCAAGGACUCUGUCACCGCCGUGGUGUUCGUGGCCCUGGGGACCUCCGUGCCAGACACCUUUGCCAGUAAGGUGGCAGCCAUCCAGGACCAGUAUGCUGACGCAUCCAUCGGCAACGUGACGGGCAGCAACGCGGUCAACGUGUUCCUGGGCAUCGGCGUGGCCUGGUCCAUCGCCGCCAUCUACCACAACUCCAAGGGCAACGACUUCAAGGUAGACCCGGGGAGCCUGGCCUUCUCCGUCACCCUCUUCACCAUCUUUGCGUUCAUCUGCGUGGGUGUGCUGAUGUACCGGCGGCGACCUUCGAUCGGCGGCGAGCUGGGGGGUCCGCGGACUCCCAAGAUACUGACCACCAUGCUGUUUGUCAGCCUGUGGCUGCUUUACAUUCUGUUCUCCUCACUGGAGGCCUACUGCCACUUCAGGGCCUUCUAAACAGCUACAAACUUAAGAAGGCCCUAGAAGAGCUAACCGGAGACAAGAAGGAGGAAACAGCAGCAGUGAAAAACGUUUUUCUCUUGUCGUUAAUAACCCCGACCCAACUCACCCAACCCCGACCCUCCCCACCCUUUCCCCCUUUUAAGAAGUGAAAGAUCCCUCCCCUAGUGCUUAAUAAGGGAUGAGACUGGUUGUUCAGGCGAGGAGAGAGGGACAGAGAAACCUCUGAAGUCUGUAGAAUGACAGUUGCGUGUGUGUGCGUGUGUGCGUGCGUGCGUGCGUGUGUGUGUGUGUGUGUGUGUGUGUGUGUGUGUGUGUGUGUGUGUGUGUGUGUGUGUGUGUGUGUGUGUGUGUGUGUGUGUGUGUGUGUGUGUGUGUGUGUGUGUGUGUGUGUGUGUGUGUGUGUGUGUGUGUGUGUGUGUGGCUGUUUGUUAUGUCUCUCACUACCCAGCAACCCUAUAGAAACAGCAUCGUCGACGCCUGGCGCUCAUUUCAAACUAAACACUAGACAUUUUUAGUGAAAUCCUUUAAUAAUUCCCAUACCACCAUUAUUGAUAUGUAUAUGCAUGAACAUCAAAAGAAACAAAGAUACGGCUGUUCGCAAGCAUAGUGGGUGGGGAGUAACAGGUACUUCAGUCUCUUGUCUGUGUGUUAGUCUUAAUACAUCUCAGUUAGGGCCUGGUUGCAAGAGCUGCUCACCACCUUCUGACCCUCGGUUUGAUCCCCAGUAGAACAUCUAAUUAGGUGUCCUCUGUUCUUUUAUCUUGCUGUAGAUGUAGUUGUGUUAAAGGAGUUUAGCAUACUUUUACCUUUAAGGCCGUAUCGUGAUUGAAUGGCCAGCGUUACCAUUUUAACUAUCAGAUAACUCGUUGUCAAUUUACAUUAUCAUUUUCAAAACUAUCCCAAGAUUGCAUUUCCAGUUUAGUCAAUAGGGGUUUCACCACCACCAUGCUUGAUUCAAAUUGCAAUAGAAUACAGAGAGACCGUACUGGAUCGCCCUCUGCAUUAGCUUCAUCCAUUGGCUACACAUCUUUCAGCAGCCUCUCACUAUUGGCUCUUUCUCUCUAUCUUUGUGUCUAAGCUCCUACCAGACUGGUCUUUUUAUCAGUCUCAGUCCUCAAGGGCUCUACAGUCAAUUCUUAACCACUAACCCUAACCAGAAACCCUUUACCCCUCACCCCUAUCAUAAACCCACCCUCAACACCCCUAUCACAAACCCACCCUCAACACCCCUAUCAUAUACCCACCCUCAACACCCCUCUCAUAAACCCACCCUCAACACUCCUAUCAUAAACCCACCCUCAACACCCCUAUCAUAAAUCCACCCUCAACACUCCUAUCAGAAACCCACCCUCAACACCCCUAUCAUAAACCCACCCUCAACACCCCUAUCAUAAACCCACCCUCAACACCCCUAUCAUAAACCCACCCUCAACACCCCUAUCAUAAACCCACCCUCAACACCCCUAUCAUAACCCACCCUCAACACCCCUCUCAUAAACCCACCCUCAACACCCCUAUCAUAAACCCACCCUCAACACUCCUAUCAGAAACCCACCCUCAACACCCCUAUCAUAAACCCCUCAACACUCCUAUAAUAAACCCCUCAACACCCCUAUCAUAAACCCCUCAACAAAACUAUCAUAAACCCCUCAACACCCCUAUCAUAAACCCCUCAACAGCCCUAUCAUAAACCCCUCAACACCCCUAUCAUAAACCCCUCAACACCCCUAUCAUAAACCCCUCAACAGCCCUAUCAUAAACCCCUCAACAGCCCUAUCAUAAACCCCUCAACACUCCUAUCAUAAACCCACCCUCAACACUCCUAUCAUAAA